AUGACAGAAAUAAGAAAUCGCCUUCCAUCGGCACUCGUGUGUUCUUUGACUGGUGGAUGGAGUCCAGGCGAGUCCCAGUCGCCGAAAGUGAACAAAGUAAUCCAUACCUACCUUUGGUUCCAUUUCGCGGUCGUGCCGAUUGUUUUCUCCGCCUUGCUUGGUCGAACAGAAAGUAUUUGGAUCAUCACUGGAGUGUCUUUUUCAAGCGUCUUUAUUUUCAAGUAUCUGUGUUAUCUCUUCAGCAGAGUUCUCAAUGAAUCUACUCCUCAAACUUUGGAGACAUCUUCGGUUCCGCCGGUUUGGGUCGCUAUUCAUGACAAAUUUAUUGGAUCAAAAAAGAGUAAAAGUAGAAGCACUGCGCUUUCCAAAAGACUUUACUCCCCUUCAAGACCGACUGGCAAUUCAGGACGCUCGGGAACCACUCGUUCUCAGAAUUCAGGCUCAUUUGACAACAUAACUUAUGCCUCGUGGAAUCUGGCAAAUGAACCUACUGGCUCCGCGGCGACAACUGUUGAUGGAACUUUGAUUACCCAAACGGCUGGUCUUUGUUUGAUUCGAGAAAAUCCAGAGGUGGAAGGAGUGGCAGAUCGACAAUUUGAACGAAAGCCGAAAAUUUCAAGACCAGGAUCGGUCGAUUACGGAAUAAACAAAGAAACUCCAACAAAACGGAGAUCUAAACGGUCGAAAAUGGAGUCGCAAUCUGAACCCGAAGAUCAUGAAAAUGCCCGGGCCAAUACAGAAAUAGAGCCACUUUUGUUGAACCCAGAACAGGGUGAACCGUCAACCAGUACGAGUAAACCAGUGGACGGUGUUCCUAUUGAAGCAAAUACAAAAAUCAUCCAUCGACAGCGACCAAGUCGAAAGUCCAUUCGCCGCCAUGUUCCCAAAGCUCAACAGAACCCUCAAAACACUCAAGUUGUUACAUCAGCUAGCUGUACAAUUAGAAAAGAAGCAUCGGGCAGUGACCCAGAGCGUUUGUCUGUUUCAGACGCGAAACUACAAGCAGGUGAAAUGCUUCCUAAUUUAUCGAACAGCAGGCCGUAUAAUGGAAGAAGGGGUCGAUUAAAUACACUAAAAUCCGUGCUUUCGGAGAGCUCAGUUGUGGAUGUAACGAACUACGACAACGAGAAGAUCGAUUCGCCCAAAUCGGCUGAGGAUAUUUCGGAAGAAGUAUGCAAUAUCCUCCGCGCAAAGAGAAAAGAUCAAGAACAAAAUCAGAGCGAGGCUGGAAGUAGUACACAAGAAGGGUUGUCGACGAUCCAGAGAAUUGACAAUGGCAGCCCUUUUCCAGAGAAAGCUGAUUCCCUUUCAUCAUCAACUGGUACGAACAAGAGACCGGACAGCCCCAUCAUUCCUAUGGAACUGGCGACUACAAUUGCAAAUCAAGUAGCAAUGAGCUCGCGUAAUCAAAUCGUAGGAUCGCAAAUGACACUUGAUGGUCUUGAUCAGAGAAGUAACAGAUCAUCCUCGCUGAGAUCUCGGCGUACAUUUGGGACUGGACCAGCAAGUAGAAGUGACACACCGACGCCAUUUCAAGUCCAAGGUCUAUUUAAUUUUGGAAGAAAUUCACAGCGAUCAGCAUCCGGCGCGCCUCCCCCGAAUCUUGACCUUCCUGAAGGGUUUACGGAGUCCCCAUCAAAUCAAAUGGCAACUUCUGAAAUUAUGCAAAUGCUCAAUCGAGCUGAGCGUGCUCAAUUGACGUAUUCGGCACUCGAUCGACUUCCUAUGACAACUGGAAGCGUCACUCAACGGGUUCUUCGCCGCCGCGAGCGCAAAAUAAAGUAUGAUCAGAAAAAGUACUUUGUAAGAAAAUUCGCACGCAAAAAAUGGACGUACUAUAAAUUUAACCUCUUUGGAAUUCCAGCGCUCCCAGUAAAGAUAUUCUAUACAAAGCAGGACCUGUCAAAUCUCUUGGAUAUUUCCACCUCCUUUUCAAAUGUUCUUGUUUCGGCUAUAACUUGUGGGUUGAUUUCAUUACUCGCAUCGUACUUACUUACUCUUCAACGACCGAUAGCGAUUGCCAGAUAUCCCGAACAAAGCUUCAUCUUCAGUAAGUGGAUUCUUUACCUUGUGGCUGCUACUUGUCAGUACUCGACUAUCAAGUCGCCCAUUCCUGAUGUAAUGUCUCCUGGGCAUGGAUAUGCGUUUUCUGUUGCAUUUGCACGACCGAUUUAUUUCAUUCUUUCAUCGCUCUUGACAAUAAUGCUCGUCCUUGUUUCACAUUCGCUCAAAUUGGAAGGUGGAACGACUCUCUACGGAUGUUUCUUCGUUGACAUCAAAUUCUUGGCUAUUUGUAUUGAAAUAUCGAAGCUGAUGACGUAUCUGAUGCCCGUUUUAUUCAUGCUUGGGUUUUAUGCGCGGUUGAUCACAUUCCUCAAUUGGACGAUGGAAAGUGUCGAGAUAACUUUCUUCGGUGGAACCGGAUCUUCAAGCUUGAAAGACUCAAUAACAGUGCUCCUUCGAUCAGUUGGCUGUGUCGUACCAGUUGUCGUUUUAAAUUUCUUUUCGAUGAAAAAUAAAGGCGAGCUCGACAAUCGAAUAUUCUCAAUUUCUUCUGCACUUUGCCUUACUUUGGCAUACGUGAUCUCCCGAGCUUCGAAUGGAAAUCCGCACUAUGAUCUUUUAGCAUUGAAACGAAUAUUUGGAUUGAAAAAGAAUGAAGAUAAAAUAUCAUCACUCGACAAGAAGAUUGUUACAUCAGCUCAUCAUCGCCUAGAGAGCUCGAUACUUAACGGCUGCAUCAUCUUCAUUAUCGCAUGUUUGCUCGGCAUUGCUAAUGUUUUCGAUGAGCUAAAAUCAAUGAAGAAAGUUGUUCUUGGUCCAUUGGAAAUUUCAGUUUUUAAUCUUGUAAUUCUUGCGAUCCUAAGCGUAACUGGCUUCUUAUGCGAUUACUUGCUGCCUCGCCUUCGAUCACAGAAUCCAUGGAUUAUUUUCAAGCACCCUGUUUUACGAACUCCAGAAUACAAAAAGUUCGAAGUCAAUUCUGCUGCGGCAGUCAUGUGGUUCGACAAGUUUCAAUUCUUUAUAACCAUCCUUAUAAAAAAUCUCCUUCUGCCGAUUGCUUUCAUGAAUGAGUUCUGGAGCGCGGCAGAUUCUCCAUAUUUCGUAAACUGGUCAAUCUUUGGAAAAAGUAUUUUUCUUGCGAUCAUAAGCUUCAGUAUUUCCCGUCGAUUCUUCCGCGAUUGCGAGUAUCAAUGGCUCAUUCUCAUGUGCUCAUAUCUCUUGGUGUUCGAUCUUCAGAAGUAUGACAUCAAAGAACCUAUUCUUGUUACAUGGUUUUUGGGAAACAUCGUCGCCUCAAAAGUGCUCGGUUUAUAUCGAAGAUUAUGUUUCAUCUACGUACACAUUAUGCCGUGCGCAUCUACUUGGGGAAGUGCCUUUCAUGCAAUUUCGCAGCCGAUUUGCAUGCCACACUCUGGCUGGAUGUAUCUUCAAGCUGUUAUUUCCACGAUCACUUCUGCUCCCAUAAAACCUUUGGGCGGAGCGAGCGUCUUUCUAACCUCCUACGUCCGACCUUUGCGUUUUUGGGAAAAGACCUUUCAAACAAAAACUGCGGGCGAUGAGCGUUUACAGUCGCAGCUUGAAACUCACAGACGAAGGAAUGAAAAUGCCCAGAGAAAUUCGAUUUUCUACGAGAAUUUGGCGAUAUCGCUGCGAAAUCAGCUCGCAGGAGAUAUUGCCCUUGGAAGAUUUGGAAAUGUAAAAGAGGGGGACGUAUUCAUCUUGGCGUCCAAAUCCACAGCUACAAGCUUGAACGGUCUUCUUCAAAUUGUUGAGCUUGGAAAUGGUGUUGUAUCUUUCCAACUGCGUGGCUUAGAGUUCAAAGGAACAUAUUGCCAACAACGCGAGGUCGAGGCGAUUACAGAAGACGAACCACCAGCGACUCAGAAUCAUUUAUGCUUCGCGAGGAGCAUGUGCUGCCUACGUUCUCAAAAAUGGGUCUACGGAUUGAGCGCCUUUUUCAAGAAUCUACUGAUGACUUGGCGAGUCGUUCAGAAGAAUUAUGUUAUGCCUGGAUAUUCAAUUUGUGAUUCUAGCACCGAUUUUCUAGGGAUGUAUGACUACAGAAAACUUGUAAAGACAUCUUUCACCAGAUGCAUCAUUUAUUUCGCGGCAAAGUACGAAAGACUUGACGAGCUAUUGGAUCCGAAAAAUGAGUUGAUAAAGACGCUGAAUCGAGAAAAUUACGAUUCUGACUUCGAAGUCGUCACUUCUGUCGCAUUUUCACACAACACUGAUGUUGACUACGAUCUGGCACAAGCAGGGGUCAGCAAAGUCCAGUUCUUGCUUCACUAUUCCCACUGGGCAAACCACUGUUUCAGUAUGACACACCCUGAAGAAACCGAAUGUCCGACGAAUUUUCUAACGUUGGUUUUUGCCCUGUCCAUUGUCGGACGAAAAGCAAUCUCAAAUGCGUCACAAGCUGGCAAUACUGCGGAUGCGACAAUAUUCCUAAAUGGGCUCUAUCAAAUGUUCCAGGGUAACAUCAUGCCGGAUUUUUCGGAUGAGUGGGUUUUCACUGACGACAUGGCUUUAUUGAAUGAAAUUGUUGCGCCUGCCUUACGACUGGCGAUUAAAUUACAGAGCGACGAGUUGCGAAAACUAACCGUUGGAGAGGCCAGCAGUGAGCUCACGUUUUCCAAGCUCUGGAAAGAGAUUGAAACUGCAAGGAAGACGGUAAUUUGUCACGAGAAUGAUCCAAAGUGGCGUGAAGCGGUUUUGAACAACGAACCAGAGUUAUUUUCGUUUCGACACAUUGUGACUGAAGAUGAGAGCAGCGACUACAGAUUGAUGAUGCUUGUGCGGCGCCAGUUGAGCUUCAAAAUUAUCAAAAUCAACUCGGAAAGUGUUAGAGGAAAUUGGGCGGCGCAGCAAGAGGAACUUGUAUUUGUGAGAAAUCAAAAUCCUGAGAGGGGAUCAAUUCAAAACGCUAGGGCUAUUUUGAGAAACAUUAUCAACUCGAGUUGUGAUCAGCCAAUUGGAUAUCCUAGUUACGUAUCUCCUAUUUUAACAUCUUACACAUCAACACACGACGCUGUAAAAGAACUGGCUGGGGAUGAAGUUUCCUUCACUGGAAUUUACGAAGGAACUUUGCGCUUUAUUGGGGACUGCUUGUUGAGUUGCAUUUCGUGUAAUUCCGGAAUCGGGCUUCCUGAAAAUGUUCCGCUCUCUUCCGUGAUAAGAACAAGUACGACAGAGCAAAACCAAGCUGCACAAACGUGGGUCGGCACCAUCCCGUCUACUCCUGGCGAAAACGUCGCCCAAAAUAACUUGGAUGGUUCAGUUAGCUCACUUGACACCCUGUCGUCGCUCUCUGACCACGAUCUCCAUCGCACUGCCAUAAUUAAUGACUCCAAUCAAGUGUUAUCAAAUUUGGACGGCUUCCGUCGUGGCGGUCCUCAAUUCGUUCACUGGGAAAAGACCGAGUGGAGAAAUUGCGGUGGGGCUCGUUCGUGGGGCGAUUGGCGCCCCAAAAAUGGAAUGAAAGGCGUCAUCGUUUGGGGCUGGUACCCUUGCCAUCGUUUACCUGCAAAGCGCUCUCAUAUUCAUACUGCUAUUUUGCUGCUGAAAAUCGAGGAAAACUCGAAAACUCAUUACGUUCCAAUUCAAAAGCCGGGCAUCAUGUAUGAUUCAGAUGACUCUUCAGCGGUCUCUUCAAACGCGGAUUCUGGCGAGUCUGAGGACGAAAAUUAA